GUUUUUUUGGCCGGAUAGUGUCGUUUUUUCAACUUUUAAUGCAAACAUAUUAUUUUUAAAAAGUGUAUUUGCAUAAAACUUACAUAAAGUGACAAAAGAAAAAACGUAUUAAUAGACAAAAUACUUCAUUGCUGCGAAAAUUUUGUUACAAAUGGAAAAGGAUAACGUAUUUGAUGUAGACAACUUGAGUUCUAGCGAAUCAGACUUCGAUGAGGAUGAAGAUCCAGACAAAGUGGAAGUACCUGGAGGAGGUAUCGAUUUAGCAACUAUUUCAAAUGUCAAGAAAGCAAAACCAGAGGAAAGCUUGUCUGUACAUAAAAAAAGUAAUCCUAAUGUCGAACCAACAGGUAUGAAUGUAAGCAACACAGCUAUGUUCUCACCAAGUAUGUUUCUAGCUCAAAUGGAAAUGGCUUUAGGAGGGGGCUCUAGUCGAGGAAGUGUACCACAUUUUAAUCAAAUUAUGUUACAAAAUCUGCAAUCAAUGUUGCUUGCAAAUCCAUCUUACUUGACUGGAGGGAUUCCCAACAAAUUACUAUCUCAAAUGUGGACUCCAGAUCUAGCAAAUAAAACUACAACCAAUAUUUCGUCGAUAAACCACGAACCAGAAGAAGAAGAGCCAGAUGACGAAGAAAUAGGUGUGGCAGAAACCUAUAGUGAUUACAUGCCAACAAAAUUGAAACUUGGACGCAAACAUCCUGAUCCUGUUGUAGAGACUGCAUCUCUGUCGUCUGUUGAACCCGCCGAUGUAUAUUACAGUUUAUCGAUACCAAACGAAACUAUUUUGAAUUGUCAACUAAGUGCACUUCAAUUAGAAGCCAUUGUAUAUGCUUGCCAAGCACAUGACCAUUUUCUACCAGAUGGUUCAAGAGCGGGCUUUUUAAUAGGUGACGGCGCUGGUGUAGGGAAAGGACGAACAAUCGCAGGACUGAUAUUUGAAAAUUAUUUAAAGGGUAGAAAAAAAGCGAUUUGGUUGUCGGUGUCCAACGAUUUAAAAUACGAUUGUGAACGAGACUUGCGUGAUAUUGGAGCAUCUCGUGUUGAAGUUUAUUCGUUGAGUAAACUUAAAUAUGCUAAAAUAAAUUCAUCGGCAAAUAACAACAUUAGAAAAGGCGUGAUAUUUGGAACAUAUUCUGCUUUGAUUGGGGAGUCACAAAAUAAUACAAUAAAGUAUAAAAGUCGAUUAAAGCAGAUACUGCAAUGGUGUGGCGAAGAUUUUGAUGGUUUAAUUGUAUUUGAUGAAUGUCAUAAGGCCAAAAACUUGUGUCCAACUGGUUCAAGUAAACCAACAAAAACUGGUUUAACCGCAUUAGCUCUUCAAAACAAAUUACCUAAAGCAAGAGUUGUUUAUGCAUCGGCAACCGGAGCAUCUGAACCCAGAAAUAUGGCGUACAUGGUAAGACUAGGAAUUUGGGGGCAAGGUACACCCUUUCCUACAUUUAAUGAUUUUAUUAGCGCUGUGGAGAAACGUGGGGUGGGUGCAAUGGAAAUCGUUGCCAUGGAUAUGAAACUUCGAGGAAUGUAUAUUGCUCGACAAUUGAGUUUUCACGGCGUCGGUUUUAAAAUCGAGGAAGUUCCUUUAUCUAAGGAAUUUAAAAAAGUGUACGACGCUUCCGUAGAACUGUGGGUUGAAGCUAUGCAAAAAUUUACAGAAGCUGCUGAAUUGAUCGACGCGGAAAGCAGAAUGAAAAAAACCAUGUGGGGCCAAUUUUGGUCGGCUCACCAACGUUUUUUCAAAUAUCUUUGUAUUGCAGCAAAAGUAAAUCACUGUGUGAAAAUUGCUAGUGAAGCAAUAAAAUAUGGAAAAUGUGUUGUAAUUGGCUUACAAUCAACUGGCGAAGCAAGAACAUUAGAACAAUUGGAAAGGGAUGACGGUGAGCUUACAGAUUUCGUUUCAACUGCAAAGGGAGUUUUUCAAUCAUUAGUUGAAAAACAUUUCCCAGCCCCCGAUAGAAGUCGAAUCAGCAGACUUCUUGGAAUAGAAACUGGAGGAAAUAAAACCAUGCUUGAGCGAAUUAUGGAGGAAAAACCAUCAACUAGUACUUCGGAAAAUAAAAGAAAAAAUAGUACAACGCGAGAGUUAUCACAUCGUACCAAGAAAACAAAGCAUAACGAAACAGAUUAUGAAUACGACUCAUCUCAAUCGAAUGCAUCUGAUAGUGAAAGUGACGGAAGUGAUCAUGUAUCAGACAGUAGUGGAAGUAGUGAUUAUAAUCCUUUCGGCUCCGAUUCUGAUUCAGAUGCUGAUCCUUGGGUGGGAAAGCCUAAAAAGGAGAAGAAAGUCAAGUCACCACCAAAAAAAAAAGCUGUUUCGACUCAAGAGAAAAUUCAUGAGCAUAUUACUAAAAAGCAAAACGAUACAAAGCCAAAUAUUUUUCAAGCCAAUGGGUUUUCGAUUACAUUAGGACCUCCACCAAAAGAUGCAAUCGAAAGAGCGUGUGAGAUGAAGGAUGAGCUUUUACUUAAAAUUGAACGACUAGGUGAACGAUUACCACCUAAUACGUUAGAUCAGUUGAUUGACGAAUUAGGUGGACCUGAAAAUGUUGCUGAAAUGACUGGUCGUAAGGGUAGAGUGGUACAAACGGAUCGGGGAAACAUCCAAUACGAAUCCCGCUCCGAACAAGAUGUGUCGCUUGAAAUAUUAAAUUUGACAGAAAAACAAAGAUUCAUGAAUGGUGAGAAAGAUGUUGCUAUUAUAUCAGAAGCAGCGUCGAGCGGUGUAUCUCUACAGAGCGAUCGGCGAGUCAAAAAUCAAAGACGACGUGUGCAUAUUACAUUGGAGUUGCCAUGGUCGGCCGACAGAGCUAUUCAACAAUUCGGUCGAACUCAUCGUUCAAAUCAAGUAAAUGCUCCAGAAUAUGUAUUUUUGAUAUCUGAUCUUGCAGGAGAACGUCGAUUUGCUUCCACUGUAGCAAAACGUUUAGAAUCUUUAGGUGCUCUAACGCACGGUGACAGACGAGCCACUGAAACACGAGACUUAUCACAAUUCAAUAUUGACAACAAAUAUGGAAAAAGUGCACUAGAAUCUGUGAUGAAAACUAUCAUGCAAUAUGAAAAGCCCAUGGUACCGCCCCCUCAAGAUUACAAAGGAGAUUUUUUCAAAGACAUAGCUGCUGCUUUGGUUGGUGUGGGCUUGAUAGUUAACAGUGAACAGAUGCCGGGUGUGCUUACUUUUGACAAAGAUUAUAAUAACAUUUCGAAGUUCCUCAAUAGAAUUUUAGGCAUUCCAGUUGAAUUACAGAAUCGCCUUUUCAAAUAUUUUACAGACACGCUUGCAGCAACUAUACUUCAGGCGAAGAAACUUGGUAAAUUUGAUCUUGGUAUUUUAGAUUUGGGUGCUGCAGGAGAGAAUGUGAAACCGACAAAAAUAAUUAAAUUUACAAGGAAACAUUCAACUGGAGUGGCCCCUUGCGAACUAUAUACUGUACAAGUUGAGCGAGGAAUGAUAUGGCAAGAAGCUAUAGAAAAAUGGGCUGAACUUGCCGAUCCUAAGGAAGGAUUUUAUUUAUCAAAUCAAAUGAGAAAUGAAAAAGCAACUGCAAUUCUAGCUGUCAAGCUUGAAAAUAAUUCAAAAAAGAAAUACGAUAAUACAAAUAAAAGUAAGAAGGAGCAAAUCAUGUUCCAGAUAUAUAGACCAAAUACAGGAUUGCAAAUAAGGCACGAAAGUUUGUUUGAACUCGAAAAAAAAUAUAAAAAAGUGACAUCUGAAGAAGCUGAAGCAGCGUGGACAGAACAAUAUGAUUCUAGUAUAAAUACAUGUUCACAUGCCUACUGGAGAGGAAAUUGUAAAAAUAUCAAUAUGGGCUUAGAGUGUGAAACAGGAUUACGACGUCGGACGUAUCAUGUUUUAGCCGGCACAGUUUUAUCGGUUUGGGCUAGAGUUGAAAAUUUGCUAGCAACUAGGGCUGGCCAAAAUAACAAAAUGCAAGUUAUACGUUUGAGGCCAACAGAAGACAAAAAGAUAGUUGGUACUCUUAUUCCAAAAAAUUGCGUAGAACCUUUAAUCCAAAGCUUAUCAUCAGAUGCAGAAAAGGUCGAAGAGACAACUUUCGAAAAACGUUAGUUUUUUUAAUAAAUUUACUUUAGUAUGUAUUUAGUAAUAAUCAUUAAAUAACUUUGUCAAAAAAAUAAAAUAAAAUAAAAUAA